UUCCAGGUUUGAGUAUUCAAAUCCCAAUACCUCGCUAGAAUUUUGUGAUUGUUGCAGCCACGGCGAUUCGAAUGGCAGCACCAUCAUCGGCUGUCUUCGCCGGCAAAUCCAAGUACAGAUAUGACGUUUUCCUCAGUUUCAGAGGCGAAGAUACUCGCCACUCCUUCACUGUUCAUCUCUACGAUGCUCUGCGCCGGAAGGGAAUCAACGCCUUCAUUGACGACAAGAAGCUCGGGAAAGGUGAGCGGAUCUCACCUACGCUUCUUAAGGCCAUUGAGAAAUCCAGAAUCUCGAUUAUUGUGUUCUCUAGGAAUUAUGCAACUUCCACAUGGUGCCUCGAUGAACUCGCCCACAUCAUUCGGUGUAAGAAGGAGAAGAACCAACUGGUCAUGCCCGUAUUUUACAAUGUGGAUCCGAUGGAUGUUCAAUAUCAGAGGAACAGCUUUGGAGAUGCCAUGGCUGCUCUGGAAGAUAGAUUCAGAGAUGACUUGAAGAAAGUGCGAAAAUGGAGAUCUGCUUUGUCUGAAGCUGCUAGUUUGCCAUCAGCAUGGCUUUUGGGAGAUGGAGAUGGAUGUGGGUUUAUUGAAAAGAUUGUUGAAGAUGCAUAUGCUAUGUUACCUCCUAAACGCUUGCAUUGCCGUGAGUACAUGGUUGGACUUGGGCCUCGCAUAGAAAUGAUGAAGUCACUUUUGGAUCAUUCUAAUGAUGGCAUUUGUAUGUUGGGGAUUUAUGGAACUGGUGGGGUUGGAAAAACAACCCUUGCAAAGGCUUUGUAUAAUUCAAUCUUCUACCAAUUUGAAGGCGCGUGUUUUUUGUUUGAUGUUAGAGAAGUGUCAAAGAAAUACCAGGGCAUUAAGACAAAGUUUGGCAGUGCUGAUGAAGGAAUAUCCAGAAUAAAACACAGGCUCUCUCACAAAAGAAUCCUAUUGGUUCUUGAUGAUGUUGAUGAGGUUGAACAGUUAGAAAAACUAGCAGGUGGGCGUCAUUGGUUUGGUUGUGGAAGCAAGGUCAUUAUAACAACAAGAAAUAAACAGUUGCUAGUUGUGUGUAAUGUUGAGGAAACAUAUGAAAUGAAGAGGCUAGAUGAUCAUGACUCUCUUGAACUCUUUUGCUGGCAUGCAUUCCAUUUGAACCAGCCUCCAAAAGGCUAUGAAAAAAUGUCCAAACGUGUGAUGAGAUUUGCAAAGGGCCUUCCUUUGGCUUUAAGAGUAAUUGGCGCCAAUUUGGCACAUAAAAAUUUAGAGGAAUGCAGGUCUAUAUUAGAACAAUAUGAGAGGAUCCCAGAAAGAACAAUUCUAGAUGUACUCAAGAUAAGCUAUGAUUGCUUACAAGAUGGUGCCAAGGGUAUUUUUCUAGAUAUUGCUUGUUUCUUUAAAGAGGAGGAUUUGGAAUCUGUUGAAGAAAAACUAGCAGCUUGCGAUUUUGGUGCAAGGUUUUACAUUGAAGUUCUUGUUGACAAGUCUCUUAUAACUGUUGCUGAUAACGGUAACUUGGGCAUGCAUGAUUUAGUACAACAAAUGGGUAGAGAGAUUGUUAGGCAGGAGGCACCAUCAAAUCCUUGUAAACGCAGUAGAUUAUGGCAUUACAAAGAUGUUCUUGAAGUAUUGCGUGAAAAUCUAGGGAGCAGUAAUAUUGAAGGAAUAAUGCUUGAUCCGCCUCAACAAGAAGAAGUGGAGUGGAGUGGUAUGGCCUUUGAGAAGAUGAGUAAUCUUAGGAUUCUUGUGGUUCGGAAUUCACAAUUUUCAACCAACCCAAAGUAUCUUCCAAGUAGUUUAAGAUUGCUUGACUGGGCGGGAUGCCCUUCUACUAUUCUACCACCAGACUUUUCUCCUAAGAAACUAGUUUACAUCAAAUUAUCCGGUAGUCUUUUUAGAUUGGAAGAGCCAUUCAAGAGGUUUGAAUGUGUGACAUAUAUGAAUUUCUCACACUGUAAAUUCAUAACUGAAGUACCUGAUAUGUCUCAAUUUCAAAAUUUAAGAAGAUUGUUAUUUACAAGGUGUCGCAAUCUCAUCAAAGUUCACGAUUCAGUUGGAUCCUUGUCUAAGCUCGUCGAAUUAAACCUUAGUGUGUGCAGCAGUCUUACAAGCUUUCCACGUGAAAUCAAUAUGGCUUCUCUUCAGAAGCUUCAUCUCAGUUAUUGCAGGAGUCUUGACUACUUCCUGUGUAUAGUGGGAAAGAUGGAUGCACUGAGGACAAUUUAUGCAGAAGGCACUGCUAUUAAAGAGCUCCCGCCUUCCAUUGGAAAUCUUCCAAGACUCGAAUCUUUAGCUAUAAGCACCCACAAAAGUAUUAGGGAGCUUCCAAGCUGCUUAUUCACAUUGCAAAACCUUAGUCGGCUUAAUCUAAGUGGGAGCAAUUUUGUUUCCCUUCCUGAGUGCAUCAAAGAGUGUGCUAAUCUGCAGACACUAGCGCUGAAUAACUGCAAGAGGCUUAGAGACAUACCAGAGUUGCCAUCAAAAUUGGAAAAUAUAGAGGCAGAGGAUUGUACAUCAUUAACUACAGAGUCAUUAGGCCAUCUAUGGUCUCAGGCGAGAAACGGGUACUCCCACUUGAACAUCGCUAUGCCAUCAACAACAGUUCCUGAUUGGUUCAACGAAUGCUGUAAAGGAGGGACAUUGUCUUUUCGGGCUCGUGGGCAUUUCCCUCAUGCUGCCUUUGCAUUUGAGUUGGGGAAAGCAAACAAAAAUUCAAAACACUUUUUCCAUGUUUCUGUGAGCAUCAAUGGUCAUAAAACACAAAGGAGACAAGAUGCUGCAAAUUAUGGAACUAGGCAAGGCCAUCUGUUUUUAUUUGAUCUGAGAAUGGCUUUUGAGCCAGAAGAGUGGGAGAGGCUUGAUAGUUUUCUGGAACUGGAUUGGAAUGAUGCGGAAAUAAAAGUCCUAUGUCUAAUCCCCCGCAAGAAAAAGAAAGUCACGAAGUUAACAGCAGAAAUGCCCGUAGUUAGUUGUGGAGUUUAUGUGUACAAACGGCAAACAAACAUGGAGAAUGUCCAGUUCGGGUCUUCUAUGCUCUCCUCGAAUGCUCCAACAACUUCAAUGAAACAAAGAGCGGUCACUUCUCCUCCUAAUGAACCACCCAAGAAGUUAUUGAGAAUGUUCAAGGUUGCUGAUAAAGGAAAACUCAAUAAUACAGAAAGGGAUAAGGAGAAUUAA